AUGCCCUCCUUCGGACGGAUUGGCAGGCUCAGCAACCGUUCCCAGCAUAACCUGGUCGAGCAGCAACAGCAGCAGCAGCAAGCAAAUGCGCCGCCGUCGCUGAUAACUUCAAGCUCAUCCGCUGGCGCUGGAGUUGGAGUUGGCCCAGGGCCUCAAGCUGGUGGUGCCUCUGCUUCUACUACCCCCCAUUCAGCCUCGUCCGCUGCAUUAAGCUCAAGCGAGUCCUUUCAACACGCCGAGACAAGGGCGGCCCAGCAGCAGGCGCAAAACAAACAACAACAACAACAACAACAACAACUACAAUUACUUCAAUCACAUCAUCAGCAGCAGCAGCAGCAGCAGCAACAGCAGCACCAGCGCUCACAGGAACACCAUUCGCGGGUUCUUGGCCAGCAGCAACCGCCUCUGACACCUCAACAGCAACCGGGUCUACCCCAGGUGGCCCAGGCCUAUGCUGCUAACCCUGGUAGUGCUACUACUAUUGUUACGUCAAACCAUAACCCCACUGGGAGCAUCUCCAAUUCAGCUGCCGGUGCCGUUGCUUACAGUAAUAAUUCGCGACAGCAGCAACACCAGUUGCCAAAGAGCCACAAUCAAGACUUUGCUGAUUCUGUGUCGCGGUCACAAUCUACACGCUACCCGCAGGCGUCACCACUGCAGACCCAACAGCAAUUUGGGCCCGCAUCAAGCUCAGCCGACAACCUGCCUGACACUAUCUCGUCACCCCUCAUUCCGCAGGCGCAAUCAGGCUAUCCCAUUGGGUCUCAGUCUCACCACCACACCUUGAGCCAGAGCCAAGGCCAAAGUCAAAGUCAAAGUCCAAAUCAACCCGCCCCCACGGAAGGAAAACAGUCCACCCGCAAAUUGAUCAGGAAGAUACUUCAAGGAGCCUCCGCAAGCAGAGCCGCAACUUCCUCGAGUUCUUGUUCUUCUGGUUCCCAUCACCACCAGCAAAGCAAUCCCUACGACAACCCUACCGGUCUUGCUCGUAAGCCGUCUAAGCGAGUGAGCAAUCCCUUUCCACCCUCGAUCAGGACCAGCGUGUCACUGGAGCAACAACAGAUUCCCGACUGGCAACAGCCACCGCAACAGCGCCAAUCCACUCAGACUUCACCACUCAAAGGCGUAGGCGAAACCAGUGAACCUUAUUCCGCCGAGACAUCUUCACCUAACCCAGAUCUUCGCGCACAGAGUCUCCAUCCCCAGGCCCUAGCCCAGGCCCCGUCCCCGUCCCCGUCCCCGUCCCAGUCCCAGUCCCGGUCUCAGUCCCAAGCUCAGGCUCAGGCUCAAGCUCAGGCUCAGGCUCAAGCUCAAGCCCAGGCUCAAGCUCAAGCUCAGGCUCAGACCCAAUCCCGUUCGGGCCCAGAAACACCCCGCCCCCACCCCCACCAAAACCAGAACACUAUACGGCAGGUACCCGCUACCGACACGGAGCCACCGCCCUAUAACUCCGGCAGUCUAGCAUUCCAGCAGCAGCAGCAGCAGCAACAACAACAACAUCAGCAGCAGCAUCAGGCCCAAGCCCAAUUGCAAGCUCACGCCGAGCAUCAGCACCGCUACGGACAAGUCGUCGUUGUCGACCCUGCUCAGCCUCAGGACCAAUAUCAGCAGUACGCACACCCUCAGGCCCAGGCCCAAACUCAUUAUCAGCAGGGCAACCCACCCAGAAUCUAUACUGGGCACCUUGCAUCUCAGCACUCGAACCCAGAGACCAUCUCUCAGCAAUCGUACGAAUCCCCCGUGACUGACUCGGAUCAGCGCUCUUCACACGUCCACUCCACCCAGGCCUCACCCGCCGUGAAUCACAUGCAGCAGGAACUUACAGUCCCGCAGAGUCAGCAGCCCGUUUCCCCUUUACCGUCCCUGGCACAGCCUGUCCCCAUGGCACCACCCUCCGGAGGGCCUACGAGCCGCAGAUCAGGCGAUGACACGAAGAUGCGAGGAAGCAAUAUCGAACCACCUCCAGGACCACCCCCUAAUUACAGGCACAGCCAAGCAAUGAGCAACAUGGGGUCACUACCACCAACCCCCGGGCCUGCGCAGCCCAAUCGAGAGUUCCGGGCGAGCAAUGUGCCCGAGAGGCAGGCGCAACAGCAGCAGUUCGAUGGUGGCACUGAGACCGGCCGGCACAGUCCACAGCCGUCAACCGGAGGGGAAAGAGAAGCGGACGAGAAGCAGUUCAAGGAUCUAUUGACAAAGUACAAAAACGUCAAGAGACUUUAUUUCGACGGCAAGGCUCAGAUCGAACAACUGACCAGCCAGGUUGAGCAGUUGCAAAAUGCUGUAGCCAACCAGCGCAUAUCACAGUCUCGAACCGCGCUUGACGACAGUGAAUAUACCACUCGCUUCAACCGAUUGAACGGUGCCAUCAACAACCUGUCCUUCAACAUCCGCAAGGACUGGAAGUCACUGCCAUCCUGGAUCGAUAGAUAUGUCAGCGUAGAAGCACUCAGGACUGGAAAGCAAGAGAUGACAGCAGUGGGGCGUGCCGUAAUUGCCCGUUGGGUGCUGGAAGAGGUUUUCAACAAGUGCUUUCAUCCCGGACUGGAUAUGGAACUCAGUCGGCAUCUCAAGGAUAUUGAGCAAAAUAUUCGCAGAUUCUCAUAUACCUUGACCAGCCAAGAGGAGUUUGAUGCUCUGACAUCCAAAGUUGUCAGCUGGCGGAUGGCUACGUUAGAAGGACUUCAACAGGCCCUCCAGUCCCAGGAGAGUCAGGACAACCGUGUGGACUUCACAACGUUGGUGUCCGGCAACCUGACGGCGCAUCUCUACCAGCACCUGGUGGAACCGCCACCUGCGGGAGUGGAAGGUAGCGUCGCCAUGAUUGUCGAGCUUGCUGUGGGAAUCGCAGCCAAUCUGUCAUUGGAAUCACGUGACGUUGCCGUGACGUACCCGUUGCCAGGCGACACAAUACAAGCAGAUUUCAUGGAGCUAGAGAAAGCAGGAUUGCCUCCCUUACCGGAUAGCGAAGAUGCAGAGGACAGUGGCCAAGAUGGUGACAAGUCAAAGCGAGAUAAGCCUAAGAGUGGUAUGUUGAAUAUGCUGGGUGGCGUACCGCCUCCAGGCAGCCGGAAAGGCAGCGUCGUUUCGAAUACUGACAUGGAUGCCCCAUCAGCAACCCCAGCCGUUCCAGCCAAGGAUACCACCAAAGUUCGUUUUGCCGGUUUCGUGGCAGUCGAAGUGCGCGGGAGGCAAGUCUUGGUAAAGGCACCCGUAUGGAACCUUGGAUAG